AUGGCUAGUUUGUGCAAGCUGCUCAUCCUUUCCACCAGAUGGCUCUCUAUCGUCAGCGACUACACGAGCCGCGAGGUGAUCCAGAGCCUGAGCCCGCACGAGUACAGUUCGCUGGUGCCGCUGCACUACGACAAACACACCCCGCCUGCCACUGAUGACUUGCCUGCCAUGGUCUACUUCGACAUGAAGCUUCUAGACAUAACCUCCAUCGAUGAGAACGACAUGACGUUCAGCGUGGAGAGUUUCCUGACGUAUCGCUGGAAGGAUUGGCGGCUGAAGUGGCCUCUGGAAAAUGCAACCACAGCUCCAUGCUGGAACCCCACUCCCCGCAACCUCACCAGCCCCCUCAGCUUUAGGGAGGUAUGCAGGGGGAACUACACGCCUGAGAUCCGGCACUGUGUGGACCGCCAACCUGUCGUCAGCAAGCGUCUCAUCUUAGACGUUAAGAUUCUUGAUGAAAUAUGGCAACCAGACGCGUUCUUCAAGAACGGCAUCAGGUCGUCCAUCCACAAGGACUGGGUGGAGAACACCUACCUAGCGCUCUACACCAGCGACGGACACGUACGUCUCUUCAGCAGGAUGAGUGUCACUCUGAGCUGCCACUUUGACUUCCAUCACUACCCUCAUGACGAGCAGCACUGCGAAAUGGUCAUCCAGAGCCUGUCGUACCGUAUGGACUUAGUGCGCUUCGAGUGGUGCCGGGACUGGGCCCUGACUACCGACUCACACCUGCAACGCGAUGCCAUCUUCUCGCUGCCGCACUUCACCCUCGCAAAAUACGAGCACACAGCCUGCAACGGUUCGACCAACUUCACGUGCGUGAAAGCGUUCUUCCUUCUAGCUCGUCACCCCGACUUCCACAUCCUACAUACCUACAUCCCUACGGUGCUCAUCGUCAUCCUAUCCUGGAUGUCAUUUUGGAUCAAACCUGACGCAACCCCAGGUAUCAGCACAGCAAGAGUCACCCUCGGUGUCACCUCCAUCCUGACGAUGGCCACGCAGUACUCGCAGUCUACGUCCAACCUCCCGCCAGUUUCGUACAUCAAAAUCAUGGACGUUUGGAUGAUCACGUGCAUGGUGUACGUGUUCAUGGCCCUCCUAGAGUUCGCCCUCGUGUAUCACGUGAACAUCACCUACCCUCAACUCGAGGUUCUUCCCCUCACUAUCAACAGCGACAACAGCAACAGCGUGACUCAGUGCAUCAUCAUCCGCUCGGCCCGAGAGGGCACCAUGGGUCGCUCGGCCUGGUAUGGUCCAGAAGCUCGUCUCAUUUCCUUCUUCAAGAAAUGGCGUCAUUUCUGGUCCACUGCCGAGGAAAUUGAUCGAGCAUCGCGGUAUUUCUUCCCCAUCACUUACGGUAUCUUUAUCUUGGGUUACUUCUCACUCCUCAUGAGGAAACUUAAACAGGAGGCUGUGUCCACUGAUAUUCCCCAUUAAGUUUGGUUAAC